UGAUAAGAAUUCACUAUUAUUAUAGAGAUUAGAAACGUGCCUUUUCUUAUUCAUCGAAAUAAACACAUUUGCUAAAAACAAAACAUAUUCAAUCUUUGCAUGUGAAUCGGUGAAGUUGUAACUGAGUGAAUUCAUUAAAAAUGAGUUUCGAAGGAAAGGUUAUCUUGAUAACAGGAGCUAGCAGCGGAAUUGGUGCCGAUGCAUCUUUGCAUUUGGCAAGCAAAGGUGCAAGUGUUUCAAUCGUUGGGAGAAAUGAAAAACGUUUACACGAAGUGGCCGAAAAAAUUAAGAAAUCGGGAUUUCCAGUUUUAUCAAUUAUUGCUGAUGUGACCAAAGAUGCUGAACGUAUUGUAAACGAAACGAUCGAACACUUUGGAAAAUUGGACGUUUUGGUUAACAAUGCUGGUUUCGGUAUUCAAGAUAAUGUUGCUACAGCAAAUAUUUCGGAAUUUGAUCGUGUAUUUGAUACAAACAUACGAGGUAUUAUAACUUUGUCAAAAUUGUGCGUCCCACAUCUUGAAAAGACGAGAGGAAAUAUCGUCAAUGUGUCAAGUGUUGCGGGUCUGAGAGCCUUUCCUAAUGCAAUGAGUUAUUGUAUGUCAAAAGCUGCUUUGGAUCAGUUCACAAAAUGUUCAGCAUUGGAUCUAGCUCCGAGGGGAAUCAGAGUAAAUAGUAUCAAUCCAGCUUCUGUUCGAACUAAUUUUCUAAAAGCCCUCCUUGGUGACAAAUAUUCCCCAGAACUAGAAGAAAAAGCGUAUAAUGGAAGGGGAAGUCAAUAUCCAGUUGGACGUGCUGGCGAAGUAUCAGAUACAAGCCAUGCUAUAGCAUUUUUGGCCAAUCAACAAUCAGCAUCAUUUCUCACUGGAAUUAUACUUUCGGUUGAUGGUGGAAGUUUACUCAUUGCAAACCUAACUAUUAACAAUCAAUAAUAAGUUAAAUUAUUUACUUUUUUUUGUCAUUUUAAAACUACCACACACUGAAUUAUAUUGAAUAAAACACAAUAGGUUAUUAAUAACAUCCAAUUAAUUUACUGAAAAUGACGUAGAAUAAAUUAUAUAUGAGAACCAAAACAAA